AUGCCUGAAAUUGAAUAUUAUGAAUGUACUACAUGCAAUAAUAAAAAUAUAAAAAUAAAUCAAAAAGUUUCAAAAAAACAAUUCAAUGACAAUGAAGAUUCCAUUUGUAGGUGUUUUUUUGAAUCUGAUAAAUACGCUCCAUGGAUGUUUGAAAUACAUGGCCUUAGUCAGGCUUUAUUAAGUAAAACACUAAGAAGAAGAGCAAUUUUUUGGAUAAUUUUGUUUGGAUGUGCCUCUCUUUGUAUAGCUAUGACAACACUUGUAAUUUUAGAAUAUUUGAAUAUGCAAACAGCAACAUCAACAACUAUUAAAAUUGUUCCUUCACUUGAAUUACCAGGAAUUACUAUAUGCCCAAAAGUGGCUGAUGCUCUUAACUUUACUGGAAUUUAUGAUAAUUUAAAAAUUAAUUUUCCAAAUAUAACUAUACAAGAGAGUAAAGAUUUAAUAUUAUAUUUUUUAGCAGGGCAUGGAUUUGAAAAUAUGGAUGAUAUAACAACAUUUAAUCGUAGUUAUCUUGAAUAUAUUGGUGAUAAAUAUACCUAUUGGUCACGCAAUUACUCAACAGAAUUAUUUUUUUAUCAUAUUCAAGAUUUAUAUGGUUUAAAGUGUAAAGAUUUUUUAAUAAAAUGUGAUUUUAAUGGUGUAGAUAUGGAUUGUUGUAAUGAAAUAUUUAGAUCAAUGGUAGUUAUGAGAAGAGGAUUAUGUUUUCAAUCAAAACCUGGAUUAAAACAAAAAGAGGUUGAUGAUUUAGGAAAGUUAACAGUACGAAUUAAUUCACCUCCUUCAGUAACUAAUACUAAUUAUAGUUAUCAGAAGCAAAUAAUUGUUUUGGUAAAUGAUAAUUUUAAUUAUGUUGCAUCAGCACAAAGAUUUUAUAUUAAUCCUAAUACUUUUAACAGAUUAUAUAUUUCUGCUAGAAAAAUUGAACUUUUAAAUCAUAAAAAUGAUUGCUCUAAUAAAAUUGUAGGUGUUGAUGCUGGAUGUUUAGUAAAAGAAUGGCUUCAAAAAAAUAUUUUUGGGUUACAAAAUUGUACCUUAACAUAUUUAAAACAUAUUCCUGGAACAGAAGGAUUACCCAUAUGUAAUGUAUCAACAAUUGUAAAUUUUUAUUUUUUAACAAUUCAAUAUAUUAGAUCAGGUAGUACAAAUAUAACAAAAUGUUUACCAGGAUGUCAUAGAUGGGAAUAUACAACAUCUUUACAACAAGGAAAUUCACUCAAAGAUUUUGAAGGAUAUAAUUUUUCAAUUGAUUUUACAUAUAAUUCUUUACAGUAUCAAGAGAUAACAGAAGUUUAUACAACAACUAUUCCUGGUUUUAUGUCACAAAUUGGUGGUCAAUUUGGAUUUUGUUUAGGUUUUUCUAUUCUAACAAUUUUACAAAUUAAUGUUAGUUUAAAAUGUGAUGGACCAAGACCACAUACAAAAUGUAGUCAUUGUUCAAAUUUAUGGAAAAGUGAACUUCAUGGUUUGGGUUUUCUUAUUUCAUUAAAACCUGGUAUAGGAAGAUACAUAUGGUUUAUAAUUUUAUUAAUUGGUAUCUCAGCUGCAAUUUAUUUAACUUCAUUAGUUGUUGAAGAAUAUUUUUCUAAAAAAACAACAACACUUGUUAAAAUUCAACGAAACAAUAAAUUAUUAUAUCCUUAUAUAACUUUAUGCCCAAAAAAUGCAGAUACAUUUAAUGUCACAGCUAUUCGUAAAGAUAUUUGGUCUUUUAAACCAGCUUUACCAAAAAAAACUGUUGAUAAUUUAAUUAUGUAUGCUUUAGCUGGAGGUGGCAUUGAUAAUUAUGGACCAUUAAUAAGUAAUUUUAAUUCUGGUGAUAUGAUUGAAUUGGAAGGAUUAAUGAAUUCAUGGAUUAAACAAAAAGGUUCAAUUAGUAAUGUAUAUAAAUUUAUUCUUGAAGAUAUGAAUUUCAAUUGCACAGAGUUUUUUAAAAAUUGUUAUUAUGGUGGAAAUGAUAUAGAUUGUUGUUCAAUUUUUAAAUCAACAUUUGUAUUAUUACGUGGAAAAUGUUUUACUUUAAAUAAUUUUUAUCAACGAGAUCCUGAUGAAAUAGGUAAAAUUGGUUUAGUUAUUAAAUCAUUACCAAGUGCAUUUAUUAGUAAUCAAACAUAUCAAUUACAAUUAGUUGUUUAUAAUUCAAAUCCAGGUUCAGAUAUAAGAUUAUUUCCUAGAUUUUAUCUUAAUGUUCUUGAUUGGAAUCGUUUUAGAUUUACACAACAACAAUAUGAUUUAUUAGCUGGUGAUUCACAAUGUAAUAAUGAUCCUAAUUAUAAAGGAAGAGGUAGUUGUUUUAUUACUCAAUGGUUAAAUGAAAAAAUUAUAAAUAAAUAUAAAUGUACAUUUUGGUAUAUGAGUUAUCGUUCACCUAAUAUGACAAUAUGCCAUCCAAGUAUAAUUAUAAAAAAUUAUAAUGAUAUUAUGCCACUUGAUAUUCAAAGUAUACCAUGUUUACAAUCAUGUAAACGUCAUGAAACUACUGUUGAACUUAUUAGUAGACCAUAUAAUUUUAAACUUGCUGGAUUUGGUAAAGAUACUCUUCCACUUUUUCGUAUAGAAAUGAGUCAUACACUUUUACAAACAGAAUUAUAUAAAGAAAUUAUAACAACAACCGUUCCUGGGUUUAUUUCACAAAUUGGUGGUCAUUCUGGAUUAUUUUUAGGUUUUACAAUAAUAACAAUAUUACAAUUUUUAAUUGUAAUUCUAAAAACCAUUAAAAAUAUGUAUGAAAAAUUAAAGAAUGAUGAUUUAAGAUUCAUAUUAUGGUAA